CAUAAAAGGAAGUCCACGCAGCGCCUCCCGUCCCCGUCGGUUCUGCUUUCUCUCUGUGAGACGCUUGCGCCGCCGCCGCGAAACCCCUCUCUGUGAGACGCUUGCGCCGCCGCCGUGUACAUGUCGUCGACGAGUUCCAAUCCACCCGUAGAUCUCGAGAAAGGCGUCGCCGGGCCAGCGGCGACAGCGAAUCAAUUCACCGUCAGCGCGGCCAUGCCGUCGCCGAGUUCUGACCUUCCCUUUGAUUUGGAUCUAGAGAAAGGCGCCGCCUGGCCGGCGGCGACGAAGGAGGGGGAGGAGCAGGCCGUGCUGAACCCUCGCCUGGUCAAGUAUAUGUUGACGCUGGAUAUGAUAUAUUGUCUGCUUUCAUUUAUCCCGCUCGUAUGGGCUAUGAAGAAGUUUUCCAACAACCAGAGGGAUACAUGGCUGGUUAUUAUUAUCGCGUCGCUAGUCAGGAUGUUGUUAAUCGGCGUCGCUCUGCUUGCCAAGAAGUGUACACUAGGAAGCGAUGAUGGUGAUCUCAGUACCAAACUACUAGCAGCAUCUAAGAAAUAAGCCAGUCAAGUGAAUAAGCGGUACCGUCUAGUUAGUAUUUGAGCUUUGAAGUACGCAAGGUUCCCUGGUCGUGGUAAUGAACCGGUAGUUGCAUGAUGAAUGCGUUUAAUCUAGUUCUUGAGCUUUUGCACAACCUCCUGACGAUUGGAGCUGCUUCCAGAUUUGUGUAAAUUUCAUUCCGAGUUAUUUCGUUGGGAGUGUAACUUAAUGAUUAUACAUUGUUUAUUUCUUGUUGCACGUGUGUUUACUGGUA